AUGGCCAAAGACAAAGAGCGAAAUGUCAACCCCGCACAAGCCCAGCGGAAGCUGGAGAAGCAGAAGGCGCUGAAAAAGGGCAAGGCCGAAGUGGCAGCCCGACGUAACGAGAAACUCGCGCGGCGCAACCCCGAGCGGAUCCAGCGCCAGAUCAACGACCUCAAGGCGGUUGAAGAAUCGGGCCAACCGCUGCGCCCGCGCGAUAAGCAGGUCCUAGAAGAACUAGAGCGUGAUCUACGAGCGGUGCAAAAAGCCCGCGAGGCCCUAGGUGACAAAGCACCUCAGUUCGCGCGGCAGCCGCACCAUCAACAUCAACAGGGCCGUGGCGGCGGCCCUGUGCUAGGCAAGAGGAGGCGAGAUGAGCAGCAGCAGCAACGAUGGCCUGAAAGUGACGGCAGCGAGACGGACGAAAGUGUACGCAAUAUUCCUAUGCCGCGAGAUACUCCGCCCCCGAUUCCCCGCCAGCACAGGAGAUGGGGGGAUCAAGGCGAUGCGAGCCACCGGCAGCAACCUCAUGCGUUGCCUGCAAAGCCAGAGAUGGCGGCCCCUACAGCCAAGACAGUGUACGAAUCAGCACCUGUGAUCCGCGACCUGCGUCAAGAAGCUGUUAGCAAAUUCGUGCCUGCGGCCGUGCGCUUGCAACAAGACGCCAUCAAAGGGCGAGGCAAACUCGUCGAGCCCGAGGAAAUGGAUCGACUGGAGAAGGCCGGCUAUGUGCAAGCGUCAAGUGGCCCCGGUGAAACGUCACAGAAAACUGAAGAAGAUAUAGAAAUGGCGCUGAAACAGUUCGAGGAAGAAACUCGAGAACCGCAGCAGCAGCAGCACACUGUAGAGAUAGAAGAGGUCUCGGACGAGGACCUUUAG